AUGAGUUUCCAAGCUGGAGGCCGUGGCUGCUUCAACUGUGGCGAAGCCACUCACCAGCUACAACUGCGGUGGUAUGCUAAACCCAUCUCCCCGUUCAAAUUAGGACCAGACCCUAACCUGAUUCUUCCCGAUCACAGGCCAGGGACAUGCCGUGAAUGCACAGUAGCUCCCAAGGAGAAGUCGUGUUACCGCUGCGGCACCACCGGCCACAUCUCCCGGGAAUGCCCCCAGGCGGCCGGCGAGGGCUACGGCGGCGGUGCCCCCGGUGGCCAGGAAUGCUACAAGUGCGGUCGUGUCGGACACAUUGCGCGCAACUGCCCCCAGGGCGGUAGCUACGGUGGUGGUUUCGGUGGCGGUUACGGCGGCCGUCAGCAGACUUGCUACUCGUGCGGCGGAUUCGGCCACAUGGCCCGCGACUGCACCCACGGACAGAAGUGCUACAACUGUGGUGAGGUUGGCCACGUCUCCCGCGACUGCCCUACCGAGGCUAAGGGCGAGCGCGUUUGCUACAACUGCAAGCAACCUGGUCACGUCCAGGCCGCUUGCCCCAACUAG